CCACGGACAAAGAUCGAUUGUUGCGAGUGAGAGGAAACAACUCUAAGCCAAGGAAAUCAAUGGCGGCGUCCACGGGCACGCUGCCGGCGGCGCUCAUCGUCGUCCUCCUCAUCUCCGGCGCCGCGGCCGGGCGCGCGCCGCCGGGGUCGAGCCCACUGGUGACCACCUGCAUGGAAGGCCCGUUCCCGGCCCACUGCGUCCGCGACCUCGGCCCACGCCUCAUCGACAUCCAGACGGCCCUAGCCUCAGCCUCCCCGCGGGGGGCCCAGAUCGCGGGCAUACCAGGCCAGGUGGACUUCUCGUCGCUGGUGGCCGUGGCCAUGGAGGCCGCCACGGAGGCCGGCGCCGUUGCGUGCACCAUCUUCGAAGGCAAGCUUCCCGGGUUCAACAACACGGUGCCGGACUUCAAGAAGUGCCUGGACAACUGCACGGUGACGAUGAAGUCGGCCAUGAAGAAGCUCCACGGCGCCACGGCGGCCAUGAAGAUGCACGCGCACAAGGUGGCGGAGACGCUGGCAAACAGGGCCAUCGUGGACGUGUCCUCCUGCACGCUCAGCUGCAGGACGCUCACGGGGGACGUCCGGGUCGUGCUGGAGACCACGCUCGUGGAGUUCCAGAAGAUGCUCCGGAUCGCCGUCAGCUUCAUCAGCAAGCUCAAGCCCAAGCCGGCGCCGGGCGCCCCGCCUGCCCCGCCCCUGCACUGAUCGAUGCGAGAUUCGGUCGGCUCAAUAAGGAGGGGUUCUUCAGAGAAUGGAACCAGAUCGCCGGGGCUCUCGGUUAAUUUGCUCUUUUUUUUUCGUAGUUUCUUUUCAUUCUGUUUUUCUUUUCUUUUUUAAGGCAGUUUUCAUUUUAAGUUAACUGUAGUGGUGGAACUGUUUCGUGAGAGCCUGGCUCUGGCCUCCAAAGAAAGGAAUAAAACCGAAUCUCCCAUUGAUUGGCUUU